AAAUCAAAACAAACAGUCACACGCGCUACAAACACCGCUGCAGGUCGGUUUUGGUGCACGGGCAAAGCAAAAUGUCGUUUAUUUUACGCCCGCGACGUUUCCUCGGCCCGGACACGUUCGCGCUCGUCCGGGCGGGCCUGUGCGCGGUUCGAGCCGGUCCGGUACAGCCGGCCAUUUCGCCCAAUCAACAACAGCUGCACUGCUGGACGCCUCUCAACCGACGGACGGUGCCGCUGCUGCUAUCAACCGCGUUACACAACCAGCACCAUCAACCGGCGCGCGCAAAGUCGGGCAAACGGUCCGGCAAACAGCAGCCUGCGGCCACCGACGAUCUGGACGAGGAGGCAGAGGACGAGCUGGCCGGCAGGGAGGACGAGUACGAGGAGCUGCUCGGGGACAAGCACACGCGCACGGUGCGUGUCACCGUCAACUCGAUGCGGGCGGAUCUGCUCCUCAAGGCCGGGCUCGGCAUCGCGCGGAACAAGGUGGAAGCCCUCUUCUACGACAGCAAGAUACGGGUGAACGGGAAGCGGCUGCUGAAGAAGAGCGCUCAGCUCGAGGUGGAGGACGAGAUCGAUGUGGUGCGUGGUCCGAGUCCCACCAACCCGGACCAUCUGGUCGUGUCGCGGGUGGAGAUAGUGGCGGUGACGCCCCGCACCGAGAACCUGUCCGUAACGCUGCGGCGCCACAAGUCGCUGGUGAUCGAAAACUACAAGGAGCACGGAUCGUACGGCGAGGGGCAGGACAGAUAGGGAGCGACGGUGGUGUAGUUAGAGUAGGCAUGCGAGCGGAUCGGUCCCUUAAGGACUUCAGGCGGACAACAGGUAGGGAUUAGCUGAACCAGAAGAGGUGAAAACAAGCGCUUGUGAGUAACGGAACGCGAAUAUACAUAUGUAUUGAUAGGUUAAACGAAAGGUUUGCAUCGAUAAACAAAUUUUACAUUGGGUA